AUGUCUGCCACUGUCGCAACUCAACGUCGCGGUCUUCCCCUCCUGGUGACGCCCGAGACCUGUUCAAGGAGGACCUACAUUGUGACCGGUGCCAACAGUGGACUGGGCUUGGAAGCAGCCAGGCACCUGGUUAGUGCUGGUGCUAAAAGAGUGAUCCUCGCGGUGCGCAAUCUCAGCGCUGGUCACAGGGCCAAAGACGACAUUGAGACAUCCACUGGAAAAACUGGUGUGGCUGAGGUUUGGCUGCUUGAUCUUGCCAGCUAUGACUCUGUGAAGGCGUUUGCACGGAGGGCAACAACAGAGCUUGAUCGAAUUGAUGCCGUCAUUGAGAAUGCGGGAGUGGCAUUGUCGCAGCGUAUGGAGGCGGAGGGCCACCCAUUACCCGUCACCGUUAAUGUGCUAAGCACGGUUCUACUUGCUAUGCUCAUCCUGCCAAAGCUGAGAGACAGUGCUCAGCAUUACGGAACCAUGCCUCGUCUGGUGUUCGUGACCAGUGUUACUGGGUUUGACUGUCAGGAAGCUUGGAAGAAUAUUCAUGAUGCGCCACUAGCUAAGAUGGAUUCCCAAGAUAUGGAUAUGAUGGGACUAUACCCCCUUACCAAGCUCAUGCUGACCUUGGCUGUCCGUCAUCUGGCAACCUUAGUCCCGGUAGUACGCACAGGUGUUGUUAUGAACCUAGUCUGCCCAGGACUAUGUAAGACCGAGAUAAGCCGCAACGCGCCAGCUGAAGUACAGGAGAACGUGGCCAAUUUUGUUGCACAGUCUGGGCGGACUGCGGAGGACGGUAGCCGUACACUCCUUCAUGGAGCCGUGGCAGGUAUAGAGAGCCAUGGAUGCUUUCUUCAUUCUUGCGAAAACGGAGAGAGUGUGGUACCUCAAUGGGUGACAAAUGAUGAGGGAAAGAAAUGGCAGAGGCACGCCUGGGAGGCUAUUGCAAAAGAACUAGAAUCCGUGAAUCCUGGAUGUAUUCAACAAAACAUCAAUUGA